AGCCUAGCUUGGACAGGCCUGAAACCACGCUCGCGUCGCCCUCGGGGGCGGCACGGGCGAACCCUAGCCGCCGCCACCCCGUCAGCCCGCCCUCCUCCGCCUCCCCCUCGUCGCCGCCGGAGGAAACUGCCGGGCGAAGCCCGUGCGGCGGACGGAGACGGCGGGGCUAUUUUUCUUGUCCGCGUCGCACCCGCGUGGCCUGGUGAGCGGGGACAGCGGGGCGAGAUCCCACGGCCGGGGGUGGCUGCUUCCUCCCCGAUGACGUCUUCUUCCCUGGCGGCGCGGUUCGGGCCGCCUCGAGCGGCGAGCGGCGGCGUGGUGGCGCAGCUCUGCAGCCGUUGGCUCCGCGGCUUGGCGGCGCUGGUGCGGUGAGCUCCGGCGGCUCGCGUGGCCUCGUGGUGGGGUGGUGCGGCUGCAAGGCUCCUCUUCUCAUCGGUGGUGGCCGGCGGCCGGAUCCGGUCAGGUUUGCCCAGAUCUGCUCUGGUUGGAGGUGUUGCAACGGGUGGAGGUGAAGGUGGGCCAGUUGGUGGCGGGUGGGGAGACUUCGCCGGACGAAAACCAAUGCCUCUGGUCGCUGACCGGAGCCAGCAGCGGUGACGUUCGAGGGUGCCACCAUAUUCUUUGAGGCGCUGUUGCAGCGUUGUCCUCUCCAACCAUCCCCAAAGGUGAGCUCCGGGGGAAACCCCAGGUUCAGAACCUGACGAUGGCGGCGCUUGGCGCCGUUCCCCUUGUUGGAGGCAUCAUCUUUGGAGCUCACGCCGACUAGAGGGACCAGUGGAUGGAGGCUCGCGGUCACGUUGCGACAUGUGUGGCGACGACAAUGGGGGCAAGCGAGGCAGGGUCUCGAUGGGGCCUUCGGCGUCGACCGUCUGUGGUUUUCUGUGUUUGUCCUUACAGCAAUCUUUGCGGAAGCGGUGGUGUCGAAGCUGUGGCUUUGCAGAGUUCUCUUCUGUGUUUUGCUUGUGGUGAAGUCGGAGUCGCCGGUCGGGAGGGCUGUUGCCGAUGACGAUGACGCUAUGGUGGACGCGUUGGGGGCUUCCUGCUAGGUGCCUCGUGGAAGAUUCUAAGAGGCUGUUGGCCGCCGGUACUCUGCACUUGUCAGCUGGACUAUUCUAGAUUAUAUUUAGGGAGACGGCAUGGGCGAAGAAAAUCUUUAGCGAUGAUCGGAAGUCAUUCGUUGGGGAAACUGGAGUGACACGGUUAAAAGCUUUGGUUCUGGUUAUCUGGUAGUUUCUUCUCCUCAACACAUCUUGGAACGGCAGACAUCAAUUUUUUCUUGACUUUGUGCACCUAUUUCUUGAGUUUGGUGUUUCCUAUCUUUAGCUAUGGGACGGCGUGUUUGUUCAAAGCAGGCCGAAUGACGUCCAGGAACCGCUGAAUGACGUUUCUGGACGAGAGUAGGCUAUAUUUAGCAGUAUAUAUAGUCUGCUGUGAACAAGCAAACAAAUAAAUUACCAGUUAAAGCACAUUGGAUUUCCGUCUGGCAACAUAUUAUGAAUGCAUUACUGUUUACAUGUGUAUGCAAAGUUACUUCUUCUUUUUUACUGCGAGGUGACUGUGUCUUCCUUCCAAGCUAUCUACACUCUGUUUUGAGGCUGCACUUGCACUGACUUGCGACACGUUGAAACUAGUAUAAAACAAUUGGUCCGAUGGCAUAAUUAACCUGCGACGGGCUGCCGACGAGAUGCGACGCGACGCAGCUUAAACAAUCGGCCGGCCUGGCUUGGUCGUAGGUGUUUGGUUCGUCUGAUCAGGGCCAUAUAAAAGCACUGUGCUCGAGGCUCGAGCUGAUCCUGACACGAUAAAAAGAAAGGAAAUCUUUGGAAGUCAUGACAGCGGCCGGUCAACCUGAUUCAAACCAGUGUCCCGGCAGCUGACACACAGCCGGUCGCGACAGACAAAAGCCUAAGCCAAAAUCAUUCUUUUCUUUUUUGUAACACACACUCCUACGAGACACAGCCGGAGUAGUAGAAUACGAACAGAUCGUAACGCAAUGGGGGAUAGUGGAUGAGACUGACGAGACAAUCAUGUCGUAAACGAGUAAUCAUAUCUGCAUGUAAAAGAAGUCAAUGAACGGCCGGAGCUCCGUUUAUUUAUUUAAUUUAUUUAUGUGAGAUUGUGGUAAUUAAAACUGGAGCUAGCCAUGCUAUUUAUGGGAGCAUACCAGUCCCCCUAGCUUCUCCAUAACUCCAUCGAUCGAUCCCGUAUUUCCCGUGUGGGCUCCUAUGAUUUCUCUUUUUUGUCCAUCUCUGAUUUAACCUCACGUGUUUAUUUCGGCAACCUGGACGGCUUAUAAUUAGCAAAGUAGAUCAAACGACGCAUGCUACUUAAGCCCGCAGCUACGCACACAAGUACAAGCAGGAGAAGAAGAGGAGGAGGAGUAUUUUAACCACAGUUCUCGGCGACCUCGAAACAUAGAGAGGCCGCGUUCGUUUCGCGAUCGAGCGAACGGCCUUGCCUCCCUCCAUGAAUACGAGGUGGUGAAAGCCUGCGAGCUGUUUGGCUCCUGCCUGUAAAGACAAUGUGGAACUGCUCUGCACCCUCCUCGCUUUUGCUACCCUUCAGCGACGACUACGUGAAAUGUGAGUCCUCUACUUCGUCGACAGGAACGGCAGGUUUCGACAAAAUACUCGCUGCGGACUACGAUCUGUGCCAUCGUAUGAGCUUGCCUCCACCAUCGUUUCAGAGCCUCCCUGCACCAACGCUUUUCGCCACGCGCAGUUCGGAGAGCUAUUUCGGAACUGGAGACAGUUUAACAUACAACGGUCCGGCCUUCAUGCAAUUCAGCUAUACGCAGCCAACACCUGCAGCUAAUCAUCUGGUGAGAUGGACGGCAGCAGGGGGGGAGCCAAUGACCGGCGAGGGCAGCAGUUUUAGGGGCUCCAAGAGGCUGAAGACGACAGCUGCAGCAGCAACAACACAAGGUCCACAGCACCGGCUGCAGUGCAGGGCAAAGCCAAGGAAUCAAGCCAUGAAGGCACCGUGCAAGAGGAGCCAGAAGCUGGGGGACAAGAUCACAGCGCUUCAGCAGCUGGUUUCUCCUUACGGCAAGACGGACACGGCGUCAGUUCUCCACGAAGCGGCCGCCUGCAUCAGGAGCCUUCACGACCAAAUCCAGCUGCAGAUCCUGGCGGCGCCCUAUCCUGGACUGAGCUCCUCGCCAUCGCCGUCGUCGUCACAGGACGCCGGAGAAGAACCCGGGGCGGCGAGUCUGCGCCGGAGAGGCCUCUGCCUGAUGCCGCUGUCACCGGCCGUUGCGAGCCUCGUGUCCGAGGCCGCGCGAGGUCGUGGUCACGCUCACACGGACAUGGAGGAGGAUGCUUGGUUCGGUGCUCUGUAGAAGUACAGUGCAGGGCACCACUGAGUUAUCAGUAAUCACCACGCCCUUCUACGGAGUACUACGAUGUUAGAAGCCUACGGAGUAGGAUUUAAUCUUAUCUGAGCCGUAUGAUAUGCUGGUUCGAUUAGUACUCACGUCCGCAAGGUGAGAAGGAAACGAAGUACUCGUUGGUGCAGAUUCAGGGGAAUGCUCAUCAUGCAUGGAAAGGUUCGUCUUUGAGUUCGAGCCUUCGAGGCAAUAACAAGAGAACAAAUAUCUUGCUGAAACUGGUUCGGCGUAUUAUUACGAUCGAUGAUGAUCGCACCAGCUGAAAAUAUAGUCCUCCUGUGAAUGAUAUGAGUAGUAAAACCCACAGUUACAUGGCAGCGUGGUUGUUGGUAGAAAAUUGUAUUUGUACCAAGGUUAUCUUGGUGUCAAGCACCAUCUUAGACAUUGUCAAUAUUGUUUGAUCGUUAAAGCCCAUCACUGGAUGGGUCAUAACGAAAUGGACAAUAACAUUCCCCGAUAACAAGCAAUA